AGAUGAUAUACCAACGCAAAUAGCCAAACAUUAACAUUGUACAAUGGUUUGAAACAUAGGGAUAGAUCUUUUAAACAAUGUAGAGCCUAAGCAAAUUAUAAUAAGAAUAUCACAAUUGUCUUAAAUAAAUACUUUCGAUACUUCGAACUUAAUGCAACAAUGAGUUUCUCUUAGAGUAAAUAUUGAAAGGUAAUCAGAUCGAAUAAAAAUAUGUCGACUAUUUGAUAAUCAAUUUGGAUGCCAUGUAUAAUAUCGCAAAUAAGCAUGUGCAAGAAUUAAAGGGUUACUAAAAAUUAAAGAGGUGGUGCACCUUGGAAUUAUUUGGUGGCUUAAAUGAAUUCAGAGCUAUGAUAUAAUUGAAGAAUCAAAAUGCAAAGAGAGUGAUGAUCAUGAAUGGAAAGUCUAAUAUUGAUUGCAUGUACUUGAUCAACCAAUUAGAUGGUCAAACCAAUAACACAGUUCUCUUUUGUAAUCCAAACGGUGGUUAUUACGAGUAUAUGUUCUACGAUGUAAUAUGAAAUCACUAUUUCUAGUGUAAUUGGUUUCGAUUCUAUGAAUACAAUAAAAUAAAUGUGAUUGUGUGGAAUUAUAGACAGUACGGUUAAAGUACUGGCCAACUUAAUCCAAAAGCUCUCCUUUCAGAUGCAAACGCCAUUGUCAAUUACUUUAGAGAACACUUCAAUAUAAUGCGGUUUGGAAUCUAAGGAUAUUCAUUAGGUGGAUCAAUAGCAGGGGAAGUGGCAUUGUUAAACAACCUAGAUUUUUUAAUUGUUGAUAGAACAUUUUCAUCUCUGGGAUAAGUGGCUUCGAAGUGUUUUAGCAGUCAUAUAAGGAUGCUACUCAAUAUCAUAACCGAUUGGGACAAACCAUAAUAUAUGAACUAUUGGAAUUACAGGGGACAUAAAUUGAUUGUGCAGGAUUCCAAAGAUGAGAUCAUUCCGUAUGUUGCUCAAUUACAAGUAGCAGUAGCAAGAGAAUGGUUCAGUCCUUAUAAGGAGAAAUAUUUUAGCAAGCUUACAUCUGCAUUGGAUAAAGAGUCUGUUAGUUUUUAGAAAUUCUUCAACUCAAAUAUUCUCAACCGGUAAUAAAUGAGAGUUCUAUUGAACAGUUUAAGCAGAGUGGUUGGUUUAAUAGUAAAAUUGAAUAAAUUGGAAUAACAAAUGGAAAAUCCACAAGAUAGAACUUUGAUCAAUAUCAAUAUUAAUUAACAUCUGCACAAUCAAUAAAAUUAUGUUGAAUUGAUUACGGCUGAGGAAUUAGAAAGAUUACAGCCACUCUUGUAUUCGAUGAUUGAAAUUAUGUAUUCCUUAAAGUAUGGCAACACAGCUUUGAUAGAAUUAUUGAUUUACAGCUAAGAUAAUUUUGAGGAGAAGGUCUAAUGCUUCUUUGCGUGCUGCUUUACUUUUGGAAUGCAUGACUAUCAACAUAAUUUUAUUUAACAAUAUUCAAUUUAUAGGUAAGCCAUGACUGAGUUUCUAAACUUGUAAGGAAAUCAACAUGAUUGGGAGAAUGUAUAUUUCUUUAAUAUAUUAGUUAAAACUAGAUGGUUAGAUAAUAUUAGAUCAAUUCAAUAAAAUUGUUGAUAGGUUCUCAGAGUACAUGGAUGAUACGUAACAGACCUAUAAUCUAAAUGAAUCUACUGAAAGAGGAGCCAACAUUGAAAUGAAAUUGACUUCCCAUUACAUUACUAAAAUUGGACAAUUAAUUAAUGUAGACUGUGGUCAUAACAAUAAUUUGACUGAAUUAGAUUUUAGUCACGUAAAGGCAUUCUUUAGAUAAAUAGGAAUAUAAUGA